AUGUACGAAUCUUCCAAGAAUGAUGGUUGGGUAGAGUGUCAGCUUCCCAAUACUGAGAAACGGAGAAUUAUUUCUUUACGCAAAUGCAAGAAGGCAAAGGGAGAAUUCCCCUAUGGGCAAGUUAACGGUAGUAACAACAACAGGACCUGCCAGUUUGUUGAACAAGGAGAUGAAUUUGUAGAAAGUCGCAACAGUAGCAUCCGAACGAGAAAUAAAUUUAUCUUGAUGCGAGGGAUUCUUCAUAAUAUUAUUAUCCAAUACAGCAGUUACAAAAAGGCUGGGUGCGAGAAGAACGCACACUUGGCUCUUGAAGAAGUAUCAAAAAUAGCUUCUUUGGUUUGGAGAAAAAACAGUGGGAAGUUCCAAAAGUACUAUGAGAUGCUUGCAGAUUUCGAAGAAAAUAGUGACCUGCUUGGACGGCUGAGCAAACAAAAACGUUUCAGAAAACAGCUUGUGCUUAAAAAACUGACCGAAGCCAUUGGAAGAGAAUGCAUACCAUCAACCUACAGUUACGAAACGCUGACCAAUGGGGCAGACACUACAGAGCCAGAACCCAUGGAGAGCAAGAACACGUACAAGGCCUUCUGUGGGAGAUUUAGGGUCAGGAAGAAGAAACCCAUACAAACGGUCGCGGUGCGCUGGGCCAAGAUUGAAGACGUGUUUCUUAUAUAA